AUGAAUUCGGAUAGCAAAAUAAAACUCUACGAUUCUAUGCUCAAUUAUGUUUGCAUGCACAGCGAAGGCACGCUGUACGGUCCGCAUACUUCCAAAAGCACGCAAACGCAAUGUCUGGACGAGGAGUCCAUCGACAGCCUCCCCCAGGAAAUGGAGGUGGACGAAGAGGUCAAGCACAGCUUCGACAUCGAAAUGAUCAGCGGUUUGUGGGGGCUGCACCGGUUCGAGAAGAACCAAUGGUCCGCCCAAGUCAGGCCCGUCACGCGAUUGAAGCAUUUCGAGAAGCUGAAGCUAACCGAGAAGGAGAAAGCCGGUCAGUUAUCCAGAAGAAUGAUAGCCUGCUGCUUGACCUACCUGGAAAGGUCCCCGUACGAUUGCAAGAUAGCCUUGUGCAAAUGCCAAUUACCCGAUAAGGGAAUUAAAGAUAUAUCAGCACUGCGAUCCUAUCACUACCUCCAGUAUUUGAACUUAUCGCGCAAUCAAAUCACAACGUUGGAAGCCCUCAGCGAUAUGCCGUUCCUCCAAUACCUGGACGCUUCGAACAAUUACAUAGAAAACGCGUUCGACUUCGAAGCACCUCUCUAUUUAACCACCGUCAAUUACUCGAAGAACAGGAUCAAGAAAAUACCCGUACUGGACAGGUUCUGGUCUAUAGUGAAUUUGGACAUGUCGUACAAUUGCAUAAGGGAAAUCAGAGGACUUCAAAACUUGAAAUUCCUGGUAAAUUUGAACCUAUCGUACAACAGGAUCACGUUUUUGGAGAACCUGAGCAACUUGAAGCUGGCCAAGCUGAACCUGAGCCACAACUCCAUCAGCAUGGUGGAAACCGAGGACAGGGGAACGGGCUUCAACACGUUGUCGUCGUUGCACGUGCUCGAUCUGUCCCACAACAAACUGCCAACCUGCAAUUUCCUCCAAGGCAACGAGUGGCUGGAGGAAUUGUACCUCAACGACAACAACAUCAACGAUCUGUUGGAGGUGUAUUACUUCAGAUACAUGACCGAUUUGAGGAUAUUGGACCUUUCGAACAACAAACUGUGCGACAACUACCACUUCAAGGCCAUUUGCAUUCGCACGUUGCAGAAGCUGUGCGUGCUGAACAAACAGGCCAUAUUGCCGGAGGACAGGAUCGAAACGGCCACCAAGGAGAAGAUCAACCAAUUGAUUCCCGCUCACACGGCCAAAGUGCAGCUGAUGCUGCUCGAGUACCUAACCAAGCCGAAGAUCGGGGCGCACGUUUGCCCCUACGGCGAGAACAUUCCCAGCAUCAUCGUCAUCUUGGGCCCGCCGGCCAGCAGGAAGAAGUUUAUCGUCAACAAGUACAUCCAACAUUGCGAUUUCUUAAAACUGGGAAUGAGUUACACCACGCGGCCCAAAAAGAAGUACGAAGUAGAGGGUAAAGAUUACUACUUCAUCGGGAAGGAUAAAUUCGUGGCGAUGAUUCGAAAGGCCGAUUUUAUUACGGUGUCUGAGUUCAACGGUCACCUUUACGGCAUACAUUACAGCGAAUUGGAGAAAUCCAUCGAUUCGAUUUUGGUGUUCUACACGGAUCUCGAGACCGCCUUGAUCCUGAAGAUGGCCGGCCUGCAUCCGAAACUGAUACUGGCCAUGCCCCGCAGCGAAACCACCCACAUAAAGUGGAUAAAAGAAACGUAUUUUUUCGACGAGAAAGUGGAAUCCAUCGUGCCGGAGAUCAAAAUUCAAACUUGCCCGGCCUCGUUGAAGGACGUCAGAGUGGAGAUCGAAUCGGAGGAGCCCAGCAUCGACGAAGACGGCGAAUCCGACGAAAUCGACCAGAUUCUCGCGGAACUCUCCAAGCAAAAGAUAUACGAACAUAUCAAGGGCACCAAUGCGUAUACUCAAAGGGAAAUUAUGUUCAAACGUAAACAGUCUAUGCUUUCGGAAAAAAUCGACAUAGAUUUUGGAAGUACAAUAUCAUCAGAAAAAAGAAGACCAUCUAGACUUACAGAUAAAGAAUUGAAGCAUUCAAAGCAUUCGCAGUCAAACGAAUUGAUAGCCCUCGAGAAUGUCCUGAAUUGGAAAAACUACGAAGACACGACCGAAGACGACGACGCCUAUCGCAAGGAGAUGGGACUCGACGACUACCUUCGUCGUUUGUCCGAAGAUAGCACCUUAUCGAGCGUCGCAGGAACCGAACAGCCCAGCCAACGAGCCUCCGAGAGGAAGAGCCAACCCUUCUCCGAUGGUUUUACGUUACCCGAACACGAGGACGAGAUCAUCCCCAGACUGUUGCUCUCCCUGGAUGACCCCACGAUGGCUUACAAUCCUGCGACGCCUUCUGCUCGAGAUCCUGCGACGGCUUCUGCUCGAGAUUCUGCUCGAGAUCCUACGGUGGCUUACAAUGCAGAUCCUGCAACAGCUUCCAUUCGAUACUCGGGCAAAGCUUCCAUUCGAGAUUCUGCCGCGGCUUCUAUUCAAUAUCCUGCGACGCCUUACAAUGCAGAUCCUGCGAUGGCUCGCAAUGUACAUCCUGCAACAGCUUCCAUUCGAUAUCCUGGGCCAGCUUCCGUUCGAGAUUCUGCGACGGCUUCCAUUCAAUACCCUACAAUGGCUUCCAUACGAGAUCCUGCAACAGGUUCCAUUCGAGAUUCCAAUGCUUACAAUGUAGAUCCUGCAACAGCUUCCAUUCGAUAUCCUGGCGCAGAUUCCAUUCGAGAUUCUGCGACAGCUUCUAUACAAUAUCCUACGAUGACUUACAGUAUAGAUACUAACACGGCUUACAAUAUAGAUCCUGCAACAGCUUCCAUUCGAUAUCCUGGGCCAGCUUCCAUGCGAGAUUCUGUGACGGCUUCCAUUCGAGAUCCUGCGACGCCUCUCCUUUUAGAUCCUGCAAGGACUGUCAUUGUAGAUCCUGCGACUGUUUCCAUUCGAGAUCCUGCGACGCCUCUCCUUGCAGAUCCUGCAAGGACUGUCAUUGUAGAUCCUGCGACUGUUUCCAUUCGAGAUCCCGCGACGCCUCUCCUUGUAGAUCCUGCAAGGACUUUCAUUGCAGAUCCUGCGACUGUUUCCGUGGUGAUUAGCCCGAAGAGCGAGUUUAGAGACUCGAGCGAACACGUUGAAAGUACGAGCGAAGUUUCUCUGGACACCACAUUAGACGAGGCCACAAUGGAUAAUCGAAAUACGGAGCCGUCGAUAUCGAGGAAAGUGUCCUUUCCCGACAGGGAAUUAGCCGAGAGCGAAGCCGCCCCCGAGGAGGUGAGGUCGUACGAUUCGGUGGAGCCCGAGGAAAGGGGCAGGGAGCACGCGAAGAGCGUCAGCAAUACUCACAUUUUGCGCGCGAUGCACUACAGGGUCUUCGACAAUCCGAUGUUGAGCGCUUUGAGCGCUUCGGAUCUCACUAAGGAAGAGACCAAGAAGAUUGGCAGUUUGCUGGCGAAGACCACUUACAUGACUCUCGCCGAGAGAUUUGAUGCGUUCAAAGCCGAUAAACUCGGGCCGUUUGUGGCGCGUAUAUUGUUGCAGCGCAAGGAGCUGUUGAAUCUUCAUUUCGAAAACCCCGGGCUUUUUCAGACUGUGAUUUUUACCGAUGAUAAACCAUCAGUUUGCAUAGACGUGUUGAAGGAUCUCACCAAGCAAGAGGUCCAGUCGCGCAAUUUGAACAAAAUACAAAUCGAUAUUUUGGAGGACAAUCCGAAGUUCAAAGAUUAUAUACAUAAGAAAAUACUCCAAUUGAAGUUGUUCAAAAACCGCACUAAUAGUCAACACGAAGAUCUGCAUUUAAUGUAA